UGUCUCGCCGCUCGCGGAGAGACCGUCGAAAUCGAGCGCGUUAAAGGGGGUUUUCGGUCAGAUACUCGGCCCCGGUUGUUGGACAUCAGAUCGGUCUGCUGAGCAUAACGUGGAGUUUCCGGAUGAUUAGACUUUGCCGGUCUGGUAAACUUUAGAUUGUUAAUGUGUUAGUGCGUGCGUGUGUAUGUGCGUGUGUGCUAUUAAGUCGAGCGAGGCCUUGAUGUUUGUAGUUUAAACUCAUAACUUUACUGUUAUCUGAUUCAUUUCUAUUCAAGCCGACUUUGCUCGGCCUUGCAGGGGUUGAUUUAAAUUCGGCGUCACGUUUUUUUUUCCUUUUCCCUUUUUUUCUAACUUUGAAACUGCGUGAUAAUGAAUUCGCUCUUAAGCGGACUGCUCGGAGCGUGGCUGCUGCUUCAGGCGCCUUUUCUCGGCUUUGCUGCUGGCCAGGACUUAGGGCAAGAGUGUCUGGCCAAAUUCAAAGAGGGUCGAGAGGAUUUUAUCCUCGACGCCGACGAGUCGGUGAAGGACGGGGCGACGUUCCUCGCCUCCCCGCAGGUGACCCGGGACCGGGACUGCGUCCUCUCCUGCUGCAAGGACCCGCGGUGCAACGUCGCCUUCAUGCAGAGAGGAGCGGACGAGGGCACGGUCAGCUCCUGCUUCCUCUUCGACUGUCUGUACAAGAAGAAAUAUGUCUGCCAGUUUGUCAGGAAGAAAGGCUACAUCAAUUACAUACUCGGCUCCGUCUACGAGAGCGAUCUUGCGGUGGAUGCGCCCCACAGUGAAGAUGACCGUCCACCAGUGGCCAAUGCAGGCCAGGACAGGGUGGUUCAGCCUCAGGAGAGUGUGACACUGAAUGGCAUCGAGAGCAAAGAUGACAAUGAGAUUGUGUCCUACCAGUGGCAGCUGGUUUUGGGAAACAAGUUUGCCGUCUUAGAGAAAACCACUUUUGAAGACCAAGUCAUCGUGCACAAUCUGACAUCAGGAGUGUACAAGUUUCGGCUGACAGUCACAGACUCCAGUGGCCAGUCAGACUCGGCCCAGGUCACUGUCUUGGUCCUCACCCCAGAACAGUCUGAAGACCACUGUAUGGCUCCGAUGAAGAUUGGGCCGUGUCGUGGCUCCUUCCCUCGCUGGCAUUACAAUGGGGCCUCAGAAAAGUGUGAAAAGUUCACCUUCGGAGGAUGCAGAGGGAACCUCAACAACUACCUGUCCCUCCAGGAGUGUGCCAACGCCUGCUAUGGCUCAGAAAAAGGAGAAAAGUCUGGAAGGGGUUUACCUAUUCCUGCACCUAAAGGAGAAAAGUGUGGGGCUCCAUGUACUCUGAACCAGUUCACCUGUGCUAACGGCUGCUGUUUGGACCAAGGCCUCGAAUGUGAUUCUGUGAAACAAUGCAGCGAUGGCUCAGAUGAGGAGAACUGUGAGAAUUUGAACGAGAACUUCCAGAUUCUGCUGCAUAUUCCAGUGGAUGAACAGAAAGUGCGCUGCACAGAACCUCCCUACACAGGUCACUGCAGGGACAGCAUUACCAAGUGGUACUACAACCCGAUCCAACAGAGGUGCUUCCGCUUCAACUACGGAGGCUGCCAGGGGAACGAGAACAGAUUUGACUCUAUGGAUUCCUGUAGGAAAACCUGCACGGGGGUAACAGAAAAGGACAUAUUUGCAAGAAAGGAGGCGUUUGAGCGCCAAGCGACUGAAAACGAGACAGGUAUCAUAGUGAUAGCAGCUCUCCUGGGUCUAGCUAUCCUCAUCCUGCUCAGCAUCCUGGGAUACUGCUUCAUGAAGGGGAAGAAGCGACAGCCGCAACACCAGCGCGUGGCCACCAAUGGCGUUCAGGUCACCACCACAGAGGACACAGAGCGUCUGGUCUACAAUACCACCACCAAGCCCAUCUGACCCCUCGUCUUUGACCCUUGACCUUUGGCCCUCAUGGCUGACACUGAGGGCACUGUGGCAUACUCAAUGAACUCGGACUGAGUACAGCGGAGCGCAAAAAGAUAUAAUAUAUUUUUUCACGGCUUUUUUUUUCCUUUGACUGUUAAUGAGUUAGUUGGAGAGUUACAUUGUGAAGUAUAGGUUGUGCGUCGUAGAAGCCAACCAAUGCUCGCAAAAUAACUUAGAAAUCCCCAGACAGUGAAAUGUGACUUGUUAUGGUGUGACCCUUCCGUUUUCCAUUGCUGUCACUUGCCUGCCUGUUUUGGCUCAACAGUUUCCCACUCAGGGUAAAGGGAUGUCUGAACAGGUAACGAAUUCAUUUUAAAGAAUACUACUAUGGAAGGUCAGCAUUACAAUAUGCUUUCAGUUUUAUAUAUAUAUAGAUGUGUGUGUGUGUGUGUGUGUGUGUGUGUGUGUGUGUGUGUGUGUGUGUGUGUGUGUGUGUGUGUGUGUGUGUGUGUGUGUGUGUGUGUGUGUGUGUGUGUGUGUGUGUGUAUUCUGUCCUCUCCUGUAUCCAUUCACGGUCAAUUGCUCAUACCAAUGCACAGAUUUACUGAGAACGGUUUUAAGAAAAAAUGGAAAAAGGAACUGUGACAAGUAACCAAGAUUCAAUCUGACAUUGAAGUCACUCCCCAAUGGAGAUGCACUGAUAUUCUCUCAUGUUGAUGGUCUCAUAUUAAUCCUUUCUGUUCUGUCUUAAAGUGUCUGUUUUCACUACAAGACUGAGCUCCUUAUUUCUUAUCCGUUGCUGCUGCUCCAGUGUUCGCCCAGUCAGUUUUGUUUUUCAGUCAUUUCCCCUGUGUUGUAAAUAAUAACAGAAGUGUGAGGAAAUCUUGUGCUUGUGGAAGUUUGUUUUUUGAGCCACAUGUCAUUUGACACAGUUUACAGAACUGUGUCAAAAGAAAAAAAACACUUUUCUACCUUAUGUAGAAAACCACAAUCCUUUAACGAUUCAAAUGUUCACUUUCAGCAGAGCAUUUGUACAUGGUACAUGAUUUUUUUCGUUUUAAAACUUAGAUAUACUGUGGAGUCACAACUCAACAAUAAAAGGUCAUUUACCUGAAAAUGUAA